UUUUGAUUACAUUUCAUUCUUAAUUUUCAUGUGCAAGUCACCUACAAAAUAAUAUCAACAAAUAAUGUCAACAAACUGGUAAGGAAAUACUAUAACACUGGAAGAUCUCAGUCAGUGUUGAACGAUAAUAUCUUGAGAAUAAUCUUCACAACUACAAUAAUAUUAGUAAUUAUAAUAAUGGUCAAGUUAUUGAAGUCUGGAUCAUAUGAAGUUCCUUCAACUAAUCUAUAUCAAAAUAUGAUAAGUGAAUCCAUAGAAACGUGUGAAGCAUUUUUAAAAGACACAGUGAAAAGUCCGUUAACUACCAAACACUUCGAAUCAUAUUCAACACGCAACGACCGUUAUCAUCUAUGGGAUGGUUCGAAGUCUUGUGAUAACUUCAAACAACUAAUUGAACAACCUGUCUGGUUGAGUGAGGAAGAGAAAUCAUAUCCGAUUGCAUAUUCCCUACUAAUUUAUGAUGAUGUUGAAUGGACAGCUCGACUACUGCGUUUAAUUUAUCGUCCGAACAAUCUUUAUUGUAUUCAUGUGGACAGGAAAUCACCUGAAUGGUUUUAUGAGGAAAUUGUUAAUCUGUCUAGAUGUUUCGGUGCUAAUGUUCUGGUAGUGAAUCGAUCUGAGAGCAUCCGUGUAGUUUGGGGGCACUAUUCAGUAGUGGACGGUUUUCUUGCUUGUUCUGAGUUGUUAUUCAACAAUCCAACUGUAAAAUGGCAAUAUUUGAUGAACAUCAACGGGAAAGAAUUACCAUUACGAACGAAUUGGGAAUUAGUAGUUGCACUGAAAGCGUUGAAUAUGUCCAAUAUUACUGAUUAUAAUAAAAGAAAUGCAUUUCAAAGAUGA